UUCUGGAGUCUCGCAGCUCAGUUGCAUGGGAUCUAUACAGAGUAAAAUUAUGGUAUGUGCAACAAAUGAUUCCUACCCGACGACCAGAGAACGCGUGGCCCAGGCAGAAGAGGAGUCGCGCAGUCGAAGUGCAAAGUUUAUCAAGCCUAGCAAACCCAUUUUAGGAAGAAGAAGGCAGGUCAGAAGACCGCCACAAAGCUCUACAGACAUCGCGCCCCAGAGGAAGCGGUCGAUGCCGAUGAACCCCGCCACCACCGUGCGGAAGACACCGGUGCAGAACGUGGUUUUCCAGCGGCCGUACCGGGACAGGGUGAUCCACCUGCUGGCGCUCAGGAGCUACAAGAAACCAGAGCUGCUUGCUCGCUUGCAGAAGGACGGCAUCAGCCAAAAGGACAGGAACUCCCUUGGAACCAUCCUUCUGCAGGUAGCAAACUUGAAUCCGAAGGAUAAUUCUUACUCUCUGAAGGAUUCUAUGUUUAAAGACAUUCAGAAAGAUUGGCCUGGAUACAAUGACAUAGAUAAACAGUCAUUGGAGUUUAUACUUUUUAGAAAAUCAAACCCGCCUGAGAAUGCCACCAGCACCGAUAAUUUGGAGCCUGCCGAAACUGCUAAGAAGGAUCGUCAGCUAACAACUCUGAAACGGCUUUACAGUUUCAAUUUCAUCGAUCCUGUGAACAAAAAGAAGAGGAUUUCUCACCUGAGCAGUCGCCUCCAGCCACCGCCCGCCGCAGCUCCUGCUCCUCCGCCGCCUGCUCCCGCCUGCCUUCGCACCUCCAACCCUCCCCAAAACGCCAGCUCCAGCUCCCCCAGCACCCCCGAGGGGCAGGGGACACAAGACCUGCCGGUGAACUGCGUCAUCCAAAAAAGCGGUCGCCCCCAGGCGGGCUGGCAGCAGAAAUUACCCUCUUGGACUUCUCUGGGGAUCCCUGCGCCUCCCAAGUUCGCAGGCGAGAAGCUCACUGCGUCGCAGCAGAAACCCAAGAGGGUGAAAGAGAGCAAGGAUGGCGGCAAAGCGGAGGGCGCGAUGGGCACGAGCAAGGAAGAGAAAGACCUCGCGGAAGAAGAAACUGCCAAGCUGAAACAUCCCUCCCAUGUGGGUUCAGGUGCAG